AGAUGUGGGGCUUCUACUAUCAUCAUUUAUAUGUAUAUAUAUGCAUGUAUAGGUGUAUGUAUAUGUGAUGUGUGUCAGAGGGUGUAGUAGAAGUAGAACCAACUCUCCAUGUCUGCAUCAAUCAUGGAGUGGGGGGUUUUCUUUGCUUCCUCUGCCAUAAAUUAUAUACUCUGUUUCCCCUUUUAUUAGUCUCACACAAACACCAUUUGAUGACCCCUCCCAUGUUCACAUACUCUCGUUCUCUCUCUCUCUCUCUCUCUCUUAUCCAUCUUGCGGGCAGUAAUAAUUUCCAUAAAAAAGUUUGCCUUUUUACCCAUCUGGAUUUCCGCUGAGCAUUAAAUGCCUGCAUUGUACUUUUUCUUUGGUUUUGUUCAGCUGUACCUAUCAGUCGUUUGUAAACAUUUUUAAAUUACUUUUUCGAAUCUGGGGUCUGGAGAAAAUUGUGUUUCAAUGAGUGUUGAAAUUCCUGGUAGAUGUACGAACCCAGAAGGCCCCUUCGUUUGGAAAUCCUCCCUAAUCUGGAUUAUGGGGUUAUUAUAAGGUUUUCUCUCCAGUGUUGACUGUUUGUCUCCGGGUUUGAAUCUUUAUAUUUCUUGUUCUGAAAAAUUUGUACUAUUUUAUUCUUUUGGGAUUUCUGGCGAUGCCCUUUUGUAAAAAAGCAUAGUAAGAUCCGUUUUUACGUCUGAUUUCUCAGUCUUAGUUUUUGCUCAAUCAAGAAGCACAUUCGACUUGGCCUCCUGAUCUGUUUGUUACAAUUUUUGUCUCUUUUUUGAAUGUUGUGAUGUAUUCAUUUCCACCUGAGUUGGUGUUGGUGGCCCAUUGUAAGACUUUGUAUUCAUUGUAAAAGAAUCUUGUAAUUUUGCAUCUGGGAUUUUUGUCAAAGUGGUGGAAAAGGAAAGACUUGUGAGAAAUGGCAACUUUGGUCCCUGGAGUUCUGCUGAAGCUACUGCAGCAUAUGAAUACAGACGUGAAGGUCGCAGGGGAACACCGGUCCUCCCUGCUGCAAGUGGUGAGCAUUGUUCCUGCACUAGCAGGGGGUGAGCUCUUCCCGAACCAAGGGUUUUACCUGAAAGUAUCUGAUUCUUCUCAUGCUACUUAUGUUUCUCUGCCUGAUGAGCAUGAUGAUCUAAUUCUUAGUGAUAAGAUACAAUUGGGUCAGUUUAUCCAUGUGGAGAGGCUAGAGUCUGCGUCCCCUGUGCCUAUUCUGAGAGGGGUUAGGCCGGUCCCAGGCCGUCAUCCUUGUGUGGGUACUCCUGAAGAUAUAGUUGCUACUCAUUCUUUAGGAUUCCUCAACAACAAUGGUAAUUUAUCCUCGGCUUCGAAAUCAAUAGACAAAAUUAAAUCAGCGCCAAAGUUAUCGAGUAAUACAGCGGUGAAGGAUGUCAAAUCUUCGCCCUCAAGAUUGAAUGGUAGUUCUAAAGAAGAUAAAGUAGAUAAGAAGGCUCCUGGAUUGACUCGAUCCAAGUCCCAGCUGUCGAAGCUAGGAGCUUUGUCUUUGGAUGUGAAGAAGGAAUCUGCGGGAAAAUUGAAGUCCUCAGGCUCAAGGUCUAUACCCUCUUCUCCGACUAGUUGUUAUUCGUUGCCGACUUCUUUUGAGAAGUUUGCAAAUGGCGUUAAGCAGCAGUCGAAGAUCAAGGGGCUGGAGAGGUUGGAAAAGGCAACCACUCAUGUAGGGUCAAGAGAAAAGCCAAGCCCUCUUCGUGGGGCGAGCCCAAAUGGAAAGAAGGUGCCCAGUGGGAAUUUGAUGAAGAAUAUUGUCCAAGGACUUGAAUUGGGGCCUAAAGCCUUGAGAAAGAGCUGGGAAGGGAAUAUGGAUGCCAAGAGAAGGGAAAGCCCCAGAUUGAAGGUCAACAAGCUGACUGUGAAGUCAGAAGGACGAAGUAAUUCUACACCAAGGAAAUCAAUAAGCGAAAGUUUACCUUCUAAAGAAGAUAAUAAGAUUACAUCUUCAAAAUCUACCAGAGAGGAAAGUAAGUUAAAUGAAUCUGUGAAGAAAACUUCUAUUAGUGGAGAUUCACUCGAUAUCGUUAAGUCAGCUGCACGAACAACUUUGGUUGGAAAAAAGUCAUCUAGUGAGGUUGCUGGUAAUGGAUUUCCUGGAAAUUUGGUCAAGGUUUCCUUUAGUAAUCGACGAUUAACAGAUGCAAGUGUUUCAUGGGCCUCACUGCCAUCUUCUCUUGCAAAGCUUGGGAAGGAAGUGUUGAAGCACAGAGAUGCUGCACAGACUGCUGCCAUAGAAGCAAUGCAAGAAGCUUCUAUUGCAGAAACUCUACUUCGAUGUUUAAGUACAUACUCUGAAUUGAGUUCGUCCGCGAAAGAAGACAACCCACAGCCUGCUGUAGAACAGUUCUUGUCUCUGCAUGCCAGCUUGAAUAAAGCUCAUCUCAUUGCAGAUUCCUUAUCAAAAACCCUUUCUGUUGAUUCUUCAGAUAAUGAAGAAACUCCAUCUGAAGAAGCGCUGAAGGUCACAUCUGAUGGGCGUAAACAAGCCUCUGCUUGGGUCAAUGCUGCAUUGGCUACCAAUUUAUCUUUGUUUACAGUCUAUAGCAAACCUGGCAACCAGAGCCCAGUUACAGCUUCAAAUCCUGCUUCAGGCCCAAAGACAACCACCAGUAACCAACCUGUUUUAGUCCUUGACAACUCAGCUAAGAACACAACUCCAAAAACACUAACAAAACCUCGCCAGACAGCAAAUUCCAGGACCACUUCAGUCGGGACUGUUCGCAGGCCGGGUGAUGGGCUGGCUGCUGGUCAGAGCACAAGAACUUCGCCUCCAAUAGAGUGGGCUAAAGGAGACAGCCUUGACGAGGCUGUAGAGCUCUCCGAGAGGCUGCGUUUGGAGUCCCAAGAUUGGUUCUUAGGAUUUGUGGAGAGAUUCUUGGACACUGAUGUUGAUACCUCGGCUUUGUCAGAUAAUGGCCAAAUAGCUGGGAUGUUAAGUCAACUCAAGAGUGUGAAUGAUUGGUUGGAUCAAAUAGGAUCUAACAAGGAUGAAGAAACACCACACAUCUCGACAGAGACGAUUGACCGCAUAAGAAAGAAGAUUUACGAGUACCUUCUCACUCAUGUAGAAUCUGCAGCAGCAGCACUUGGUAGUAGCACGCAGUCGUCUCCGACUCCAACGACAGAGUCGAAAGCAAGAAGGUGAUGUUAAAGUAAGGAAACACAUUGCAUAAUGCAUACCCUGUGCAAAAUAUUUGUCCUUCUGUACUGCCAAGCAGUUGGAAGGAGCACAUACAUAUUAUAUUUAAUGUAUAUAGUUUUAGUGCAAUGAGGUAUAGGUUGGGUAGGCAAUACUGCUGUGGAGUUGGCAUUUGAUGUGAAGUUUUCUCUCUCUUUUAUCUAUUUUUAAUCAACUUUGGAGCCUUUUCUUUUUUCAAAUGCUAUAGAUUGAAAUUGGUUUGUGGAAGAAGAGGGAGGUGGAUCUUUAAGUUUGGGACAAACUCUAUAUUGAUGAUCAUGAUAAGAUAAAGAAGUUCUAUAUUGUUUGUGUGAGAAA